AUUCACAUGCAGUAUUUUAACCUUAAAAUACGAAAAUUUCACUGCGCGAUUAAAUAGUGAAAAUGUCACAGAACGACAGUGGUUUCUUUAGAAAAUUCCAUGAGACUAUCAACGAGAACAUAGACGAUGUAACGAGAAACAACUUCGCCAAUUUAGAAUGCAACUCGAAGCGUGUAUCCUACUUGUGCAGUCUUCCUGUUAUAAAGAACUAUGAUAUUUCUGGCGACGUUGAGAAAUGUCAAACGGGUGGUAAUUUUCCAGUAAAAAAAGAUUUAGAAAAAGCGCAUCAGUUGAAGGAUGAGGGUAACAAAGCGGUCCAGAAAGGUGACUGGGGCAAGGCUCUUUACUGGUAUAGCCAGAGCAUGCUUUAUAUGCCAACCAAAGAAACUGAUGAGUUGGCUAUACUUUUUGCGAAUCGAUCAGCUGCUUUGAAUCAUUUGGAACAAUACGAGGAGACACUAGCAGACAUUAAACGCUGCCUAUCUCUAGGGUACCCUCGCCACCUUAGAUAUAAGGUGUUUGAGCGAAAGGCUAGGACUCUUCUAGUAUUAAAGAGAAAUAAGGAAGCCAUCACUGCAUUCCAAGAUACAAUCACUGCUCUAGACGAAGCAAAUAAACUGGAUAAAGAAAAAAGACAUAAAAUGCGAACUGACGCCAAACUUAUGUUAGAAAUUUUGAACAAAGGUCUGGUAUUGGCCGGUAACCCUAAGGAUCCAGAGCCUUUGAGAAAAGUACCUCCGAAACCAAAGUUACCAGGCAAACAUAAUACUCAAUACCCUGCCGCUUCUGAGGCAAUACAGAUAGAUUGCGAUGAAGAAAGAGGAAGAUUUGCAACGGCUACUAGAGAUAUUGAAGUCGGAGAAAUUCUGCUUGUGGAAAAACCUCAUAGUGGAGUUUUGCUUGGGGAAUAUGCCAGCACGCACUGUCAACAUUGUUUUGUAAAAUGCCCCAUACCCUUGCCGUGUCCAAAUUGUCCGAAUGUAAUAUUCUGCAGUGAAAAAUGCUUAGAUAUCGCUCAAAAAUCAUAUCACGCAUACGAAUGCCAUAUUCUCCCACUGAUAUGGAAGUCUGGAUGUUCAAUAACAUGCCAAAUUGCUUUGAGAAUGAUCACACAAAACAAUAAGGAGUAUUUCACUAAGAUCUACAGUGAAUUAGACACUAAACCAAACGGAACUUAUAAAACAGAUGACUACAAAAAUAUUUUUCAUUUAGUAGCUCACGAAAAUAAAAGGAAUAAGCUGGACUUUUUACACAGAACACAAAUGACAGCUUUUCUUUUGAAAUUAUUAGAAAUCAGUGGAUAUUUUGACGGAAAACCGAGAGAAAAACCGGUCACAAUGGACGAACUCAAAUCUAUGGCAGUAGACGAAAAAGAUGCGGAAGACGUAGCACUAUUAGGUGCCUUGAUAUUGAAAAACUUACAAAUACUCCAAUUUAACGCUCAUGAAGUUUUCGAAUUGCAAUGUCCAAGACCCAAAGUAGGACACAAUGUAAUAAAGCAUGGUGGGAAAUCAGUGUUUUUGGCUGGAGCAGUUUUUCCAACACUUGCUUUGUUUAAUCACAGCUGUGAUCCAAGUGUUGUUAGAUAUUUUUGCGGGCCUAAUGUUAUAGUUAGAGCUGUUAAAAACAUAAAGAAAGGUGAGGAAGUAUCUGAAAACUAUGGGCCAAUAUUCACUACAGUCCCAAAACAAAAAAGGCAGGCACAACUUAAAGACCAGUACUGGUUUGACUGCAAUUGUAUACCGUGCAAAGAAAAUUGGCCCACAUAUGAAGAGAUGACUGAAAAUUAUAUGCGGUUCAAGUGCGACUCCGACCGUCCAUGCCCCAACGUGGUAGCAGUUCCACAUGACUGCAAAGAGUUCAUGGUCCAGUGUGGCCUGUGCCAACAAUACACCAACAUUCUUAAAGGGCUCAAGUCUUUACAAGACACUGAGAUGUUGUACCGACUUGGACGAGCUGCCAUGGAGGAAGGCAAAUAUGGGGAAGCAAUCAAAAAAUUCAUUGAAGUCCUAAAAUUGUAUGAUACCACCUUAUCUCCACCAUAUAGAUCAUACUAUGAUUGCGCUCAAGACUUAAGGAGCUGUAUGUUAGCAACUGGAAAUUACAGUAUUUUGUAAAAAAAAGAUAUUUGAUAUAUCAAUUACAUUUUGUUUUGAUUUUCAAUAAAUAAAGUAUUAUAUAAAAACUUUACACUAAUAUCAAUUUAAAUGGAUGUUUUCUAAAUUUCAACCUCUAAAGAGAUUAAAUUAACAGGUAGAAAGCUAUUGUCAUAUAAAAAUAAAACCUAAAAUUCUACUGUCCCAGAUGCUAGAGACUAUUUGAAUAACUUGUAACAUUUUGAACUGUACGAAAUUGUAUUUUCCAAAAUGUUAUAAUACAGUGUUGUGAAUAAAAAAUUGAUCAAUAAAGUAGUAAUCCUUCUGCAGUGUACAAAUUGCCAACGAACCCUAUUUAAAGCAACAUAUGAUAGAACAUAUAUGUGCCAAUUCUGUUGUACCACAUCU